AUGAGUAUUACAAUUUCAAAUAUUCUAAAUUGCUCCAGAAAGCAAAACGCUGAGAAUAGAAAAGUAUUGAAGAACAAAUGGUUAUCAAACAAUUCCCAACAUGAGCAGUUUGUCUGCAACAAUACAGCUAAAACAUCCACAUUAUUCAAACGUCACAGAGAACUAAAUAUGAAUUGGAACAAUUCGGCACAAAGAAAAUACAUUUCAAAAGAGAAGGAAAUGAACGGAAUCACAGACAGUUCGCAAAAAAUGACCGAAAUAUCACCCACUGUGGUCACUUAUAUUGCCAAUAUUAGUGUGAAUAACGAUAAAAUGGAAGAACAAACGGCAGUAGCAGAAAUCGGUACUACAAGAACUCAGAUAACGAAUACUCUUACUUCAACGCAAUCACGUGGAAAUCUAAAUCCAGUCUUGAAUAAAGAAAAGAGCUGGAAUAGUAGACACAGUCGUCUACAUCACUGUUAUGAUGAAAGCCUUCAGAAUCCUAUGAAACACAAAAUUUGUGAUAAAAAGAUGAUAGGAAAGGAGAUGAUUGGAGAAUACAAAUUAUUGGAAUCAGUCGCAGAAAUGAUAAAGAAAUAUGAGGAGAAGUCACGUCUGGAAAGUGAACAAAAUAUAAACAACUUCUAA